AAGCAACAGCCCAAAAAGCAGCCCGAGGUGGACACCGUCAUGGAUGCCGCUGUGGACGCCAAGGUCCAGAAGCCGAAGGCGGCGGUGCCGUUGCAGGAGCAGCAGGCCAUAUCUGUUGAGCAGACCGGUGAUGUGUCUAGCGCUGCUGCUAAGAAGACCAUUACGCCUGAACAGGACGCAGAGGCGGUGGAACCGGCGCAGGAAUAA